GCUGAAGGUUUCCAGAGGAGCCACUGCAGCAUGUGGAGAGCUGCAGGCUCCACUGGCACGGCACAAGCAGCUGUGGGGAAGGAGAUUUUCUGGUUUCUGUGGCUGUUGCUCCCCUGAGAGAAUAUACUUGUGGAUUCACUCAUGAAUCCUGAAUGAUUCCUGAACACAUUGGUUUUGCUGUAACUUUUUUUUAGGAGAAACUGGGGCCACCCAUAUCUGUGGCCCUUUUGGGACUCUGAUUGUUAUCUGACAUGCCCAGGUGAAAAAUUGCCUUUCUGCUUACCUGAAACCAAUAAACCUGAGGUUUAACAAAGCAGCAAGUGCCCACCUGUGAGUCAGCAAAGCUGCUAGUGGUGGGAUAACACUGAUCAGGAGGGACCACAGCAUUCCUCACCUCUCCAGAACACCAGGGGGACUCUGUGCCUUUAUUUCCCUUCCCAGAGAAAACAGCUGCAGUGGGGAAAAUAAUUUUGGCAUCACUGUUGGUGCAAAAGGCACCUGGUUUGACAUGAAGCCUGAAGGACAUGGGGUUUGCAUUUUCCAGCACCCCCUGGCAUCCAGCCUGCAAAGAAAAAUCCAUCGAGGUGACUUCUGAAGGGAAAAGGGAAGACUUGGUGAUGGCCUCCGCUGCAUCACCACUUUGAAAUGCAGGUCUCACCUCUACUGAUUUCCUGGAACUGACCUGGAGAACUGGUACAAACCUGAGAACCUGCCAGGAUCUCUGGGAGAGCUGUAAUCCACCUGCUUUCCUGAUGCCACUGAGUACUGCAGGGAGGUGUCCCAGCUUUCCAUUUGAAUGACUACAUAAAUGAAUAAAAUAUUAAAUUUCCAUUUUUUCCUGGCAGUUGUAAACAAAACCUUGGCAAGCAUCCUCUCUGCAGCCUGGAAGUUGAGAAAUUGAAGCAGACCCAUGCUUUUUUUAAGGAUCCCAUUAUUUUCAAGCCAGCUUUGUGUGUUGGGGAGUGCUGAGGAGGAGACUCUGGAUUUUUUCACGCUUGACUGUGUCAGUGCUAAACACAGAGAGUAAGAGCUGGAAAUGAAAAAAAAAAAAAAAAAAAAAACCAAAAACAAAACCCAAAACUUUGAUACUGCAAACACUUGGACUGGAUUUUAACAUCACAUGCUUGAGCCUAAAAACACAGAGCCAGACUGGGUCAGUCCCAACAUCCUGUCUCCAGCAGCAAGCAGUAGCAGACUCCCCAGUGCUCAGUGUAAUUGUCAACAAAACCCUGAUUUUCCUCUCACUUUUUGGUCUUUUUCCUUCUAUUUUUUUUCCCUUUAUUUCCCCUUUAUACUUUCUGUCUGUAACACGAUGUGACUGAGAGCAGGCAUACCCUGUGCAACUGUUUGCCGUCAUGUUGAAAUGCACCUGAGAUUGACAAAGUUCCCUCCACUCCAGGAAAAUUACACAACCCCCCUGGCCUCUAUAAAUCCAGAAUUUGCCUCUUAUUCCUCUCUUUAGGGCCCUUCACUCCUCCUCGGGGUGGAACCUCCACCCACACCAAGCCAUGCGGGUUCUGCAGCUGCUCUUUGCAGUCCUUGUCAUUCUCCUCCUCCAGGGAGCUCCGGCAGCCAGAGGCCGUCCAGACACCCAGCAGUGCAGAAGCAACCGUGGCCACUGCCGGAGGCUCUGCUUCCACAUGGAGCACUGGGAAGGGAGCUGCAGCAGCGGCCGCCUGCGCUGCUGCCGGUGACAGCAGCCACACCAGGGUGGUGUGACAGCCCCAGGAGAGCCAGCCCAGUGAUCCUGCAGCCAGAACUGUACACAGAGCCUGCCCUCAGACGCCUCCAUGCCUCCACGUGCAGCUUGGUUUGUCUACCACCAAUAAACCUCUGGGUUUUCUGUGUCCUGCUGGGUCCGGAGUGCAGCCAUGCUUCCCCCUCAGAUGGACCACCCUGACUGACACUCGGGGGUUGCUGGUGCUGGAGGUGCACUGGGGGAUCCAAAUUGUCUGCACAAAGGUGGCAGAUGUGGUGUAGGAGCAAGGGGUGUCCUUUCAGAGUGGCAGAAAGAGAGGGAUCUGCUGGGCUGCUCCAGCAGUUAUGAAACCUCUCUUUGGACCCAUUCCUCCACUUCUGUCUCAGGCACUGACUUCAACAACCUCAAUUUCUAGCUCUGUUCAAAAGAGACCACGGCAGGACUCGUCCUCUUCAAGGGGAUGGAUCCAAGACAGAGGUAUGAUUUUCCCUCCAGAAGUUCCUCUUCCUUGUUGUAGUUGAGAUGGAGAAAAUACAAAGCAACACACUCUAUUUUCAGAAGGCUUCAAACUGAUUUUAUUACAGCAUGCAUGCUUCCUAUGCAUUCUUACAAAACUCGUAAGUUUACACUUUACUCAUUGGUCAUGAAAGACAAACAAAAUGUUCAUUGGAAUAGGCAGUUGCAGGUUUCUCUUAUUUUUUUCUUCUUUCUUUCUUGAUUUCUAUGUCAAUGACCUUGGUAGAAAAUUCUUUCAGGGGUAAACAUGGAUCCUCUUAUCAAACUUCUCACAGAAGUCACUGUAAAAUCUCUUCCAUACUUCCUCUCCUGUAGCAACAAGGUGAACCUGGGUGGGUGCCUCAGAUUAUCCAGCCUGAUCUCCUGGAAGAUGUCCCUGAUCUUUGCAGGAGUGCUGGACUUGGUGACCCUUAAUGCCUCCUUCCAACCCAAACCAUUCCAUGACUCUGUGAUCCACUUCUGUGAGGAGGCAAAGGUGGGUAAGGCUGAGAAAUCCCUGUGGGGAAACAAUUCAAACAAUUCACCCAGUCUCACAGGGAGUGUGGUGUGUUCUGUAUCUGCCCUGCUCCUGGAUGGAGCCAUUGCCAGGUGGAAUCUUACUUCCAUAGUGCAAAUCAUUCCAAACUCUAUCCCAGUAUCACCUGAGGGGUAUCACUGCCUCUUGUCCUGCACGGGCUGAUUUAUUGAGUACAAUUAAGAGUGGGAAUGAGCCAAGGUCAAGUUCACUUCCAGCAACUCCUCACCAGGGAGUGAGAGUUGUUGGCUGUGGAUUGUUGUUCACUCACUGAAGGAAGGGGAAAUGUCCACUGUGGUGUGCUCUGGAGCAGGACCCCCAAAGCAAUUCUUCAUCUUUGAGGAAUUGGUGGUGAGGUGGUGAGGUGGAAUGGAGUUGGUGAGGUAGAAAGAAGGUGGUGUAGGAGGAGCAGGAAUAGAGAUGAAGGAGCUGUAAGCAGAGAGUUGGCUUGAAAGAGUAUGAAGAUCUCCUCAAGAGAAAGGCUGGAAGAUUUAACACUGGAAACACUCAGUGUGGUGUUCACCCAGGACAUGUAAGAAAUGUGGUGUGCAAAAUUCCCAUCCUAAAACCCCCAGCUACACACCUGGCUUCAACUUAAAUCCACCCUGCUAUCCAUCCUAGAGGCACCAGUCUUUCCCUGGAAGAAAUCACUAAAACCAGUGACCCAGCUGUGCCUGCUGACACCCAGUGGAGAUCUGCCCCAUCUCUGGCUGGACUGUGAGCAGGGAAAGAUCCCCUCACUCCU